GAAUUUUUUUUUUUACUAGGUUAAUGUUUAGGUAAUUUCUCUCAUCUUCUUUCCUCAUUAUAUCCGAUGUCUUAAAACGUCUCCUCUUUUUUUUUCUCUCCUUCCAGACAUUUUACUUCUCCGUCUCAUUUUAUCUCCGAAAUUUCUCGAUUGAUCCGUUUCCAUUCGGGUUACGGCACCAACAUACUUGUGAGUAAUCGUAACUUGUGAUUGGCCACAACUUUCCCGUCACACUGCGGUAUCAAGCCCAGAAUUAUUCGGGGUACGGCCCGGUGCGCAUCUCUGGGGGUCCUGCGUGUUCGGCGGGUUUAUUCUGCGGCGUUCUACGGUACAGGCGCUUCGUGCGGAGAACAGAGCUGGAGCUGCAUGUGUCGCUUAUUCUUAUGCUCUGGCCAAACGGGUCCAGAUCAUUUUAAUUCUUCCGUUUAAUCGUUUAAUCGUUUGAUCAUCUAUUCAUUCGAUCCUUCUUCUAUCUAUCUAUUUCAACUCUAUUUCAAUCUUUUUUUUUUCUAAAAAAAAAAAAAAAAAAAAAAGUCAAUUUGACGCAGGGAUUUUCCCUCCCCCCCUUCUCUCUCCACCUCUUCAGACUCAAGCCCUACCCUAGAACUAGAAAAUCUAGGUAUUAAUCGGUAGUUGAUGGUCAGUGUUUGAAACGAACACUAUCUAUGCCCAAUUAUACAUCCGUAGAGGUUCCAUGAACAUUCAAUCCCCAGAUUGAGAUGGCUGACGAGACGCCGCCGGGCGAUCAUGGCAGUCCUGUCGGCAAACUCAACAAUGCUAUUUCUGAUUUCGCCUCUUCUUAUGUCAAGAAGGAAUUACAGCAAUUGACCCGCGAGCGAGAUGAUGAGUUGGCGCGGAGCCACGUGCCAAAGCUGAGGGCUCUCCUCAGAGAGGUUGAUAAGGAGCGUCAGGCGUAUGAACAAGACAAGGAGAAGUUAAUCCUAGGUCUGCGCAAGAAGUUACAAUUGCUCGAAGUCGAUCCUGAUACUAUCGAGAGUACCGUCUCGGAACUUAUCCCCGUUACCCCCAAAUAUCUCAGCGUCAUUCCCAGUGCUUCAACCCUGACUAUUCGACCCCCAACGCCUUUUAUGUCACCGGUUCGCGAUAAUUAUUUUAGCACUGUUCUUGGCGCAGAUGUCUUAUCAAGCAUACCUCCAUUGGCGUCGCAAGUACACGACGAAGAAACCUCUAAUUCAGUUAAAGGUCACUCUUCAAGUCCUACCAAUAUUAACGUAUCGCCGAACAUAGGCCCGAAUUUCGACCACCAAAUACAAAGUCAGAUUCUAUCCGAAAAUCCCAUGACUAGCAAAGCUCUUAAGCGGGUCAGCGCAGAUGGUGAUAGCACCGCAAGUGGUAAGCGACGGAGAGUAGAUGGCGGAAAGGUAAGAACGAACUGGAGCUGUCGCUGUCACUUUAAGCUGCUACUUGGCCGGCUAAUAUAUGACCAGAGUCUAAAUAGAUCUCAAUCGGAUAUAUUCCGCAAGAUCGCAUUCCCAAACCUAGAAACAGGGGAGCGUAUCUUCCGUCAUGCAGAACGUCAGGGCUUCUUUGUUAUACGAUGCAACAGGCCCAACUGCCAAACGGGAUUCUUCACGGACCCGCCUCUAGCAUAUAACAGAGCUUUGAAGCAUUUCCAAAGCCACGGCGAAACGGGACAAAACGGCGAAGAACUCUCUAAUGAAUACAUUUUUGAAAACUUCGCAUGCGAAAUUGAAGGUUCUAGCCUGGUUAGCAAGUACUGGAUUAAGGAACAUCUUGGCCCAUCGCCGCAUACCUGUAGGUAAAGGCAUUCUUGUCAUACACCUAGAGGAGAGCUAGUUCAUUUUUUUUCCUUUUUCUUUUUUGAAAGCUUCAUUGGAACAACUAUUAAUGUCUCCAGUCAUUCCCGGAAGGUCGAGAUCUAAAAAUAUCCAAGCAGCAGAUGCUCUUAAUAUACGAAAGAGCAAAGAGGACGACAAGAAUUAUACGCCGUCUAGCAAACCCCGGAAU